AUGCGCACAUCUCUUCCCCUCAUUGGGGCCGCUCUCUCCGUCCUCCUUGCCCCAGUCCAAUCCCUCUACUUUUAUAUCGACGGCUCAGCACCUAAAUGUUUCUUCGAGGAAUUACCCAAAGACACGUUGGUAGUAGGCCAUUAUACCGCUGAGGAAUACGACGAAAAUACAAGACAAUGGAGCAAACAUGACGGAUUAAACAUUUUUAUUUCCGUAGAUGAAGUCUUCGACAACGACCACCGAGUAAUUUUCCAAACCGGUUCAUCUUCUGGUCGUUUCACUUUCACAGCCGCCGAUUCUGGCGACCACAAGAUCUGCUUUACUCCCUCCUCCACAUCCGGUUCUAGCAAUUGGCUCAGCGCAUUACAUUCAAACGGCGGUAUCAAAUUGACUCUUGAUAUGGCAAUUGGAGAGACGAGUCAGAUUGAAAGUGACGAUAAGGGAAAAAUCAAUGAUAUUGUGCAAAAGGUUAAGGAUUUGAAUGGCAGACUGCAGGAUAUUAGAAGGGAACAGGUUUUCCAACGGGAACGUGAAGCCGAAUUCCGCGAUCAAUCCGAAUCCACCAACGCGCGCGUCGUCCGCUGGACACUCAUCCAACUGGUCGUCUUGGGAAUUACGUGCGCAUGGCAACUUUCGCAUUUGCGAUCCUUCUUCAUCAAGCAGAAAUUGACUUAG